CAAAUUUACAGAAUAAAUAUAUAUUUUCUUUUCCUUGAGCAGCCAGAUGUACGGUCCCUUUUACUGGUGUCACUCGGUUGUAAACCCAGAAGUCUACGUCAACAGUUGUGUUAAUGACAUGAUCAGACAUAGUGGGUACAAGAAGGUCCUUUGUGAGGCCAUUGCUGUAUACUUAGUAGCAUGUCAAAUACAAGAGGUUCGUGUUGAAGAAUGGAGGACAGACAUUGGAUGCGAAAUAAAAUGCCCAGAAAACAGCAGGUAUAACCCCUGUGGGGAUCCUUGUACUGAGACCUGUGCUGGGAAGAUUUCUUCCUGUCAAGGAGAACUGCCAUGCAUGGAAAUGUGUGAGUGCAAUCCUGGAUUUGUGCUACACGAAGAUCAUUGUAUCCCCAAGGACAAGUGUGGCUCCUUCUGCAGAGGUCACUAUUACCCUCCUAAUGAGACCAUAUGGGGGGAGGAUGGUUGUACUCAGAAAUGUUGGUGUGAAACACAGACAGUUAAGUGUUCAAAUGGGCAAUGCCAACAUGGAGAAGAAUGUUCCGUGAGAGAUGGCAUUAAAGGUUGCUACCCUACUGGCUACAGUCAGUGUUCUGCCUUCGGGGACCAACACUAUGCUACGUUUGACGGAGCACACUUUGAUUUCCAUGGAACAUGCAGAUAUCAUCUUACGGGAUUAUGUGAUAAGGGUCGAGGCCUUACAGAAUUCUCAGUUGACAUAUUGAGCAGAAACCAAGGUGUUAAAGAUGUUUCCCUUACGAAAUCUGUGGUGGUGAGCGUGUAUGAGACUGAGAUCCUCCUCAGCAGAGAAAACAAAGGAAGAGCUAAGGUAAACGGUAUAUUAUUUAACCUCCCAAUAAGCCUGUAUGAUGACAUCAUUCAAAUAUUUUUGGAUGGGUGGAACGGAGUCAUUUUGACAAAAUUUGGCCUUAAGGUGAGCUAUGACUGGCACAGUCACGUAAAGGUUGCCCUUCCAACUUCUUAUUCGAGUGCCGUUUGUGGUCUAUGCGGUAAUUUCAAUGGCAAUGCCCAGGAUGACAUGACAACGAAGAAUGGCGACAUGUCAUAUAAUGUCUCAUCCUUUGUGCAAAGCUGGAGAACAACGGAGAACCAGGAAGGGUGUCAAGAACUGGAGCCCAUGUCUUGCCUUCAAGUCAUAGAAAAUGUUCAAAGACAAACCCUAUCGGAAUGUGGGAUUAUUUUGAAAGAUGAUGGACCAUUCAGAGGUUGCCAUGAUUCUGUAGACCCUGAAAAAUACUUCCACAAAUGCCUCAAUGAUUUCUGCUUUUAUUCAGGAAGACAAGAUGUUUACUGUAAGGUGAUUGAGGCUUAUGCUGCUGCUUGCCAAGCUGUGAAUGGAACUGUUGAUGUCUGGAGGAAAAAUGGUUUUUGCAAAACCUGGUGUCCACAAGACAGUUAUUACACACUCUGUUCCACCGAGUAUCCUAAGACCUGCAGUGGCACAAGAUCCCCGUCUGGAUGUAAUGGCUUCUGUAGAGAGAGCUGUGUUUGUGAAGAUGGCUACCUCCUCGAUGUUGACCACUGCGUCCAAGUUUCUGAGUGCGGCUGCACCGUAAAUGGUGCUUACCACAAAGUCAACGAGGACUUCUACCCAACGCUAAACUGCGACGAGAGGUGUGUAUGUGGACCUGGGGGAUUGGUGAGGUGCCUCCCAUUUUCUUGCAGCCCUCACAAGGUUUGCAAAGUGUGGAAUGGAGUUCGGAAGUGUCACCCAACUCAAAGUGCCCUGUGCUCAGUUGCCGGCGGGUCCCACUACCGCACUUUUGAUGGAAUCAGCUACAACUUCCAAGGAAACUGCACCUACAUGCUAGCACUGAGCUGCUUCCAGGAUAUGAGCUUCCUUGAGAACUUUUCAAUCUUGAUGUCAAUGAGCUCUUCCGAGACAAUCACCAUUUUGGUGAAGGAUGUGAAGAUAUCGUUAAUUCAAGGAAAAUAUGGAACAGUUGAGGUAACCAAAAUGUUGAUACAAACAAAUGUUCUUGAUUAA